AUGUUUGAUGCAUUCGGUAUCGUGUUAAUAAAAGAGCCUGAGCAACACGAAACAAAUAAAAUUCUUAGCCAUUAUGUUUUGCAACUUCAAGAGGAUGCAGAGCUUGCUGAAAGAACGCUGAAAAGGAUUUCAUACUCUUUCGAACGCAUUAUAAAGAAGGCAGAGAAACAACAACCCUACAAUCUUAUGAAACUUCUAGAGGGAUAUAAAGGUUUUGGAAGAGCUGAAAAGUUUGAUAGCCAUCAUGUUCUAUCUUUGCUUCUAGAAGAGUCUCCCAAUUGCUGGAGCCUACCGUUGGUAACCCUGACAACCAUGGCCAUCUCUCUUCCUAACAUAACAAAAGACAGAGUUGAUUGUCUGCUAAGUGGUAUGAGUGAAGCUAUGGUAUAUGUCACAAUUGUGGAAGCAAGCCUCAAUGCUACUGACGACCAUGUGAUCUUUCAAAAGGCGGCUCAAACUUUGUGGUUAGAAGUUGAGAUCUACCAGAAAUGGUUAGGAAACAAGCUGCGGAAACUAGUUCCUCUAGUGAAUACAGCCGAACAGAUUCUUCUGUGGUUGAGGGGUACAGCUAAGAACAUGCUCACUCGGGUGGAAAGUAGGGAUACUAAAGGCCAAAAUGACAGUUCCAAAUUCUGGUCUAUUUCUGCGAGUUCAAUGUAUCGUAUCACAGAAAUGAUCCUUCAUUCCAACCAUUCUAACAUUGAUAAGGUUAGCCAAGAGGAACUAUUUGAGCAAUUAUCAUCAAUGAUUGCGGACAUAUUGGUUGCUUGUCUCACGAACUUACCGCAAGUCAUAGCAAUGAAAUGCCACUCGAGUGAAAUCGAGAAAAGGGAGGUAAGCGUCUAUGCUGCAGCCCAACUUCUAGGUGAGACUAUGCAAAUAAUCAACACCAUUCAAGAUAGUGAACUUCCAAGCUUGAAUCCAGACAACUUACUGUUUAUUGUUGACAAGUUGGGUGCCUAG